UGGUCACAACGACAAAGCGAAUAUGAAAAUGAUGACAGUUAGCUAGCCGGCUAAUCCCUCGCAUGAUUUAGUUGCUGUACAUUUCACAGUUCAUAGGUUUAUGAAGAAAUGGACAUGGUCAGGGGACCGGUAAGUGAGAAACAAUUGUAUCUCAGAUUGUACAUAAUAUAUGGUUAGUAGCUACAGUACAACGAGCAAGUGGAAGGAUACAUGUCAGCUCUGAGUUGCUAGCUAUUGUUAGUUAUACGGAGACUAUAACGAAGUCAAUACAGUACUGAGACUGUCAAAGGCUUUGGUGUAGGCAUCUAGUAAUUAUGGCAUGAAUUAAUCCUCCUAACUAGUUGCGUCAUUUCAAGCAAACUAAUUAAUUAACUAACUAGCUAAUGGACUGAAAAUAGUAUUUUAUCAAAUAAAUAGCUAGCUAGCUGGCUACUCAAAUAUGGGGGAGGGGGUGGUGUCAGUGUUAGCUAGGUUACGUCACUCCCACAUCAUUGACAGUUAGCCAUGUAAAUAGUGAAAAGAACAUCUCUCUCCUAUGAACAACAACAAGCUCUCGCUUACUGUCACUCGUGCUGGUUAUUUUGAAGCCACCUAGCUACCAGUAGGGGCUGUAUGUAAUUCAGUGAGGCAGUGUUACCAUUAGCUAGUCAUUUUUGUAAGCUGUCUUGUUGUGUCCAAUGUUGUUUACUGUAUUCAAUACAGGGCUGAAUUUAGAAACGGAUUUUGAGUUUUUCAAGUUGAAUUUCACCAGUCUAUGCAUCAGCAUUGCCAUGGACAAAUCUCAGUGAUGGAGUCCCAGAGGAAAAGGUAUGUAGCCCCUUGGUAGGGUGUUGUCAAUAAAUGUUAUGUGAUCAUCAUAUGACAACUCAUCAACUCAUAAUAUUCAUCAUGUAAGUCUGUGCCCUCACAAAGCUCUUAUUGUUUCUUUAGUUAGCUACUGUAACUUCUGUUCCAGGGCAUGUUUUGUCUUGGUAGUUCAAAAACAAUGUCUCCUCUAUCAGUGCGGUUGUUCAGAAUCCUUGAGACAUGACUUGUCUGUCUGACUGUCUGUCUACUUCUGUGUGUGUUCUCCAGCUCUGGUGAGGAGGACAGUUCAGGGGAGCGAGGUUUGCUCCACACCUGGAAGGGCUACUCCUAUAGUGUUACCCCAGAGAGAGUGCUCCUGUCCAGGCCUGUGCUGCAGGCUGCCCUGGGGACACGCCAUGGGGUUCUACUGGUGGAGGGUGAGAGUAUGGACAGCCUUUGAUAUGAUGGCAACACUCUAAAAUGUAUGAUUAGCCUGCUUUAAUCUAUAAUUCAAAUAUGUAUUUAUUUAGCAUUGGGUUUGUAUACUGACGUACACAUAUUACUGGAAAUAAUUUCUAAUAGAUCCUCUUGUCUAAUGACUUGAAUGUUGUGUUGUGAUGUAUUUAGGCGGGCAGGUGUACAGCCUCGGUGAGUUGCCAUGGAAACAGAGCCAGGUGUCGGAUGUGGGCCCCCUGAAGCCCAUCCUAGAGAGCGCUCUCAGCGGCCAGCGCGUGGUCGUCGUGGCAGCAGGCAGCUUCCACAGCGGGGCGGUGACUGAGGAUGGCGGGGUCCACAUGUGGGGGGAGAACUCCUCCGGCCAGUGUGGCCUGUCCAGCCUCGCCGUAGUCCCCAACCCUACUCCAGUGGCUGUCCUGGACCCCGACACUAGCACCCCUCAGACCAUCCGGGUCCUGGAUCUGGCCUGCGGGGAGCAGCACUCCCUUGCUCUCUCUGCCCAGCACGAGGUGUGGGCCUGGGGCAGCGGCUGCCAGCUGGGCCUGGUCACCACCAUAUUCCCCGUGUGGAAGCCCCAGAAGGUGGAGCACCUGGCGGGCAGACACGUCCUCCAGGUGGCCUGUGGGGCCUUCCACAGCCUGGCCUUGGUGCGUUGCCUACCCCCUCAGGAGACCCGGCGGCCCCUGCCAGACAAGUGUGGCCAGUGCAACCAGCUACUCUACACCAUGACGGACAAGGAGGACCACGUCAUUAUCUCAGAUAGUCAUUACUGCCCCCUAGGGGUGGAGCUGCUGGCUGAGGGAGAGGCCAGGCUGGGGCCUGGAGGGUCCCCUCCACCAGGGCUCCAGAGCUCCCCUUCAGAGCCCCUCCUCUCCUCUCAUACCACUGUCUCGGCCUCAGCACCUGGUCCCCAUCCCUCCAUAACAGAACAUACAGACUAUGAGAGGGGGAGGACAGUGGCACAAAAUGGGGAAGUCUUAACCACCACAGACUGUGACAUCUCUGUUGCUGGGACAGACUCUGGUCUAACUGUUGGAGGUGUGGGGGGUGCAGGGUCUCAGAACUCCCCCUACCCUGAUGAUCAGGCAGUGAAAGAAUAUCUGAAGAAACUGUCUGACACCUCUUUGGCUGAGGAGACUGCCAAGAUGACCAUAGCAGGAGCAAGUUUUCAGGUUAGUAGUGAUGAUUUGAUGCUUUAAGCAUAAAGCUACCCAUUUUUGCACACUUGGUGGGUGACAAACUGACUUUGUGAGUUUGAGGUGUUUGAAAAGUGACAAUGAGCUGUCACACUGUGUUUCCUGGGUCAUGUUCAUUAAGGCACGCAAAGGUAAAACAAUUUGUCUUAGGAAAACUAAAAUGUGCUUUUGUUAUAGGUCCAGGAAGUCUCCCUGUUUCUGUCAGUUUUCUUUUGUGUGGUGCCUAAUGCACACUGUGUUUGUUUCAGCCCCCAGCAGAUAGCCUUGACCUCCUGACCUCUAACCUCAUCCCCGGUGUCAUGCCGGUGACGACCACCAGCUCUGCCCUCAACAGCCUGGUCUCAUCCUGUGCCUCUGCCGUGGGCGAGAGAGUGGUCUCCACCUACGAGGCUCUGUCCCUGAAGAAAAUGAUUAACUACUACUACCCUGGGGUUGGGGGUGUAGCAGGAGUACCCGGUAGGGUACAAGGCGGGUUUCCAGGGGGGCCUGCGGAGGAGCGGGUGCGUCUGGAGGAGUCCAUGCAGGGGAAGAAGAGCUGCAGCACGGGGGAUAUCCGUGAGGAGGAGGCCGAGGGCCUGAGUCGACGUCUCUCUCUGCCUGGACUCCUCUCUCAGGGUAGAUACGCUGUUCAUCUCUUAUCCUCCUCCUCUGCUCAUCGCUUCUUAUCCUCCUUAUCUUCCUCCUAUACUCUGAUGUGUAAGUAUGUGUGUGUGUGUGUGUGUGUGUGCUCAUCCAGCCUGCAAACAUAUCAAACCUCCAUCUAAACUACAGUUCUAUACAGUAUGUUUGAGAAUGCUGUGAAGGCUCACCAGUUGUCUCAUUGUGGUGUUAUUUGGAUCUUAUGUGUGUAAGUUAUGUGGGUUGGAGUCAGUGAAGGGUGGUUUUUGUUCUGAGAUUAAAGCACUUAGCCAUAGAGGAAUGUGAGGCCAUAUUAAUGUGAGGACUUAAUCAGAAGGGUUGUAGUAAGGAAUGAGAGAGGGAUGGAAGGAGAGAGGAGUGAGAGAAUAAGAUGGAGAAGAGAGAAAGGAGCGAGAGUCAGAGUGAGAUAGUGAGGGAAGGAGAGUAAGAACUGAGAAAGUGAGAGUGAGAUGUAUGUGUGUGAGGAAGAGAGAGUGAGGGAAAAGGAGAGGGGGUGGAGAGGGCAAGAUGGCCGUGAUAAUCUCUUGAGAGAUCCAGUCAGUGGUAAUGCCUGCUGUAGCGGAGGAAUCUUCUAUUGUCACUUUGGUAUGGUGACAGCUGAACGGUAGGAUUUGUCCCUAGCUCUCCGAGGGUGUCUCAGGGGGAGUUGGGAUAUGCAAAAAAACACAUUUGACACAUGAGAAUAAUACACAUUUGUACAUAUCCUGGGACAAAUAUACACACCCACCAAAUGAUUAUUAUUAGCUUCCUGCUGCAGCCAGGGAGGGGACAGACAGCUCACCGCUCCCCUCUUGGUGGCUCUCCUCUGGGCUGACAGAUGGCUCUUUGUGGGGGACAUACGGCUCUCCGUGGGGGACAGGAUGUCACAGUGGAAACAACCAACCCACGCCAGCUCAGUGAUGUCUCGGUCCGUCUGUCCUCAUUAACACUCCCUCCCAUACGCUUACUGUGGUACAGGACCUGGCUCUGGCGGGGCUCAAUGACUCAUCACCUGGAGGAUGCUGUGAGGGCUGUGUUUCUGUGUUUCUGUGUUAUUGUGGGGGCUUCUUAGAAAUGUUUUGGUUUUCAGAGUAGAUUAAAAUAGCUCCAUGACUAAACCAGUUAUCCUGAGAAAUUCUUUAGACAAAGGUUGUUUACACUCACCUGUGGAACAGAGAGGAAUUAAUCCAUAACAUUAGCUGCAAUUGACCCCAUAACUGAAAAUGGUUUGAGAUGAAGCAUAGAAAAUGUAUAAUUAAGAAACCUAUCUGUCGGGCCUCCCGAGUGGCGCAGUGGUCUAAGGCACUGCAUCGGGUUUGUUCCCAGGCUGUAUCACAACCGGCCAUGAUCGGGAGUCGCAUAGGGCGGCGCACAAUUGGCCCAGCGUCGUCCGGUUAGAGGAGGGUUUGGCCGGGGGGGGGGCUUUACUUGGCUCAUCGCGCUCUAGCGACUCCUUGUGGCGGCCCGGUCGCCUGCAGGCUGACCUUGGUCGUCAGUUGAACAGUGUUUCCUCCGACACAUUGGUGCGGCUGGCUUCCGGGUUAAGCGGGCGGGUGUUAAGAAGCGCGGUUUGGCAGGUCAUGUUUCGGAGGACGCAUGCCUCGACCUUCGCCUCCCAAGCCAGUUGGGGAGUUGCAGCGAUGAGACGAUCGAAAUUGGGGAGAAAAGGGGAGGGUAAAAUUCAACAACAAAAAAUUAAAAAACAUUGUCUGUCUCCGUCUGUAGUGUCCCCCAGGUUGCUGCGGAGGGCCAGCCGGCCCAGGGUGCGAGCGGUGCCCCUCACCCCUGUGGGAGGGCUCCCAGAAGCAGGGGAGCUGCUCCCCUCCCUGCAGACUGAGGUGUGGAGCUGGGGGCGGGGCGAGGAUGGCCAGCUAGGCCAUGGGGACAACCUCCCCAGGUCAGUGUCCACUCUACACCAAUCACUGAGGGCUGGGGAUGAGGACCAUGAUGAUUGACAGUUAUGUAGACCAGUAAAGCAUCAGAGUAUGAGCACUGAAUCUGAUCUAGGAUCUGUUUGGCCUUUGAGAUCAUAAUGAAUAAGAUUACAUGGACAGGGAGGACCUGAUCCUAGAUCAGCACUCCUACUCUGAGAUGCUUUGGCCCUGGUUGUUGACUGAGAGGUGUUUUGUCUCUGACUUGCAGGCUGCAGCCACUGUGCAUCAAAUGUCUGAGCAGUAAGGAGGUGGUGCUUGUGGCUGCUGGGGCACAUCACUCCCUGGCCCUGACUGCACAGUCCCAGGUCAGGAACUAGAAUAUCACUCCCCAUCCUCUUUACUCUACAUGGGAAUCUGAGUCUGAGUGAUUCCUUCCAACUGUGUGAACAUUUGUGUGUGUUCAAGGUCUUCUCCUGGGGUAGUAACAGCUCUGGCCAGCUAGGACACAUGGAGUCUCCUACUACUAUCCCUCGCCUUGCCAAGGUACUACAGUGUUUCUUUCUAUUGAAGAAAAUGGUGCCCAUACAGUCAUCUUUACCACACACUAACCCAGUGUUUCCCCUUUAUUCAUUUAGCAGCGGCGCCCAGCCACUGAAUGGUGUUCUUUGCCACAAGUCUUUAGUAUUACACAAUAACACUAGAGCCUAUAUUAACAUAAAUCCCAGGAGACACCCUGUUCUGGGGCUAAGUCUCAAUGGAAAAGCACCCUAAGCUGCUUAUAGUAAUCGCAAAUCAUGGGACAUAAAUAUGAAUAUUGAAUUUGUGCAGGACUGCGUGUGCGAGCUGGAACUGUUCAUAGGAGCCUAUCUCCUGUUUCUGUAGCAUGAGGCAGCUUGAUGUACAAGGACACCCCCUGGACAUGACACUAGUCUAUCGCAGGGCCUUACCCCCAAUCUAUCUCCUUAAUGCUGAUUGCCAAGCAGAGACUCAUCGGGUCCCAUUUUUACAGUCUUUGGUAUGACUCAGCCGGGGAUCGAACUCCCAACCUUCCAAUCUCAGGGUGGACACUCUAACCACAAGGCCACUGAGUUGUAGAAUCCUAGCACAACACAAAAGGCUGUAUGUACAGUUAUCUGAUCUGCUCUGUUUGUCCCUGGUGUGACCCUGUAGCUGUCUGAGGGGAUCCGUGUAUGGGACGUGGGUGCGGGGGUGCAGCACACCCUCUUCCUGGCCGAUGGGGACUGUUACCAGCCCAUCCUCUACUAUAGCGGACAGCAGGUCAGAGAGGGGGCGCAGGACGCACCCCAGGACCAGACAGGGGGGUACAGCUACACCCAGCAACCCGUGCUGCUCCCCUUCUGCAUGAACGUGAGUAGUGGACCACACACACACUGUACUGGACCCAUGCUGUGUUCCACUUGAGUGUAGUCAGCGUCUGCUUCGUGAUUUCCACUGACAUUUGUGUGUGCGCGUGUAUCUGUGUUUUAGUUGGGCUACGUGAGCGGUGUGUUUGCGGGGGGCCAGAGCUGCGUGGCGCUCGCCGACCGUAACGUCAUGGGUUUCAUCGCCAGCCUCCACGAGCUGGCUGCUGCUGAGAGGAAGUUCUACUGCAAGCUGAGCUCUGUGAAGAACCACAUACUACGCCCCCUGUUGGACCUGGGUGAGAACUACUGCUGUCGCCCAAGCUCCACUGGACAGAGGCCAUGGGUCAGAGGUUAGGGAGGGAGAGGGAGGGAGGGAAGGAUGAGUUUUAUUAUAAUGGUAACCAUGUCCAAUCAAAAGCAAAAAAGUGAUCGGUUCGCAUUCAAAAAGAUCUGGCAUAAAGCGUACUUUUUGUUAAAUGUAAUUUUUUUACUGCAUCAGAAUAGCUUACACAGAGUGCAGACCUGUAACUUUUGGUUAACCAUGUGCUGGAAUAGAGUACGUUUAGAGUAAGUAUCAGGUCGAUUAUCUCUUGGAUGUGUGUGUUUUCUUUCGCAUAGUGUUUGUUAACAGGUGUGUGUGGGGUGUGUUCUCCGUCUACCCCUCAGAGUCGUUGAGUACAGCCCUAGGCCCCGCGUCCACAGUGCUGCUACAGAGCCUGGCGAGGUGUUAUAGUCGCCUGUGUCACCUGACUGGCCAGCACUCCGCCUCCCUCACCGCCAACCUGCGCCGCCGCCGGGAGGUUAAAAGCCUGGUUAUGCUGGAGCACGCCAGCAUCUUCCUGGACACGUACAAUGAGUAUGUACAGUUGUGUACACACACACACACAAUAUCUGGCACUAACUUCUUUACAAACAGCACCUCUGUACCAUCUGAUCUGAGAAAUGCCCUCUCUUUGUUAGUUGGUUGUUAUUUGGGUUUUAGUAGGUUGUGUACAUGCAGUUCUGCGUGUAUAAUGACCUCUCCUUCUCUCCUCCUCUCUUUCCGUUCCUUCCCCCCCUCAUCUCUCCCUGCCAGGUACUGCUGCUCUGUGGGUAACUUCCUGGUGAUGGGGGGAUUCCAGGCUCUGGCCAAGCCCUCGCUGUGAGUGUAUACACACACACACACACACACACACACACACACACACACACACACUAGGACAUCUAGCAGCCCUAGCUUAUUAUCCUUACCGUUUACAUGCUCAUUAUAUGUUCAUUAUCUUUACCAUUUACCUAGGCCUGUGUGCUCAUUAUCCUUAACGUUGACCUAAGCCUGUGUCAGAGGACAGCUGUUUGAUGCCUACUCAUUCUGCACACAAUGAGACUCAGGAAGCUCAUGCAGGUUUAAUUGGAAAGGGAAAAGUCAAGGGAUUCAUUCUAAUGAUAGCCCUACAUUUGAUAGAUUAUUUUUUAUUAUGAACCGGGUGGUUUGAGCCCAGAAUGCUGAUUGGCUGACAAAAAAUACCACGUAUACGACAAAAAUGUUUUACUGUUCUAAUUACAUUGGUAACCAGAGCCUAACGUAGAGCCUAAGAACAUCCCUUAGCCAUGGUAUAUUGGCCAUAUACCACACCUCCUUGGGCCUUAUUGCUUAAUUACAAACCAAUGUGAUUCUUCAUAAAUGCUUCAACCAAGACCGACUGAAUUACCCUUCUCAUACUUUUAACUGGACAAGUGAACAUUGAAUUAAAACAGGAAAUCUCCUCUCUUCCCCCUCCAUCCUCUCCCACACUCUCCUCUUCAAUCCUCUCCUCCCUCCAUCCCCUCCACCAUCUUGUGUUCCUCUGCUCAGAGAUUUCUUUGGGAAGUGUCCAGAGCUGUUGCAGCGGCUGGCAGAGUCCAGUGAGGAGAACAUUCCUCUGAGUGACCUGUUGGUGGCGCUCUUCUACCUGCCCAUGAGACACCUUCACGAGUAUGGCAGGCUGCUUCUCAAACUGGGAACCUGCUUCGAGGUGGUACGUGGAGGAACUAGGACCUGGGACGCACCACGCACGCACGCACGCACACACACACACACACACACACACCUUCAUACAUACUCUCACUUUCUUGUGUGUGUCGCUCUCUCUCUCUCUCUCUCUCUCUCCAUCCAGAGCUCAGUGGACUACCAGAAGCUGCAGGACGGCUGCUCUAAGUUUGAGGCCCUGGCUCUUCAUCUGAAGAGGAAGAGGAAGGAGGCAGAGUACACAUGCCACUUCUGGAAGAGCUUCCCUGGCAAGAUGACGGUCAGUGGCCUGGUCAGUUGGGUUGACCACAGCAGUCAGUGCCAGAUUCACACUAUUGGGCCAAUGCGAACCGUACUGUGCUCGGUCAGAUCUUUUUUCCCCCACAUUGUCCUUUCAAGCAUGGUUCCAGCAACUAUAACCAGGCCAGGACAGUACAGCUUGGUUCGGUUUGGCUCCAUAGUGUGAAAUGGGUAUAAGAUAUUUUAUUCAGCCCUAUAUCUCCAGCUUUCCAACCUAUUAUCCCAUUUGACCUGGCGUUCCUGUUCCAGGAUUCCCUGCGUAAGCCCCACCGGAGGCUGAUCUGUGAGAGCAGUAACAAGGCCCUGACGCUACAGAACUCUGGAAGGUUCUCUGUCAACUGGUUCAUCCUCUUCAACGAUGCACUCGUCCACGCUCAGGUAAACAGAGCUUCUUACAGCUGGCUCUUAGCCAAUGUCUUUCUUUCAUUCUUUCUUUACUUUCUUUCUUUCAUUCUUUCUUUCUUUUGUUUUUAACACCCUCAGAGCAUUUGAUAUUAAUAUAUCUGGUGUGUUGACUGACUCCUAUCAAGUUGUGUGUUUGUCUUUGUCCUAUCAGGGCGUGGUUCCCUAUAAAAGCCUUGUAAGUAUGCAGCAGCAGCCAGUGUACUGACCCCUAGUCAAUGCAGCGCCCCCGUGUGGCCAGGGCUUGGCUUAGGAACGUAGGCCUGCUGUAGCAGCUCUUUAGGCACCUGCUGCCUGCCGCAAACCACAAACACCGGCUUCACAGCUUGAAAUAGCACCCGCACAAACACACACAGUUUGUCUGAUCUUCUUUAUGCACAUACGGUGUACUAACUAACACCCGGCUGGAAAAAGCCUUAUUGAUUUGCUUUCUUGAAGCUCACAGUAAAGAAUGGUAGUUAUUUACCUUCUCUGCCUUCUCACUCAGGCUUUAGCUAAUAUAACUGCUCCUGAACAUUAGGAGCCCUACAGAGGGUUCUGUACACCUCUCUACAGUGUGCAGCUGGUCCUCAGCCGAGCCCAGUGCCCCGGCCCUCUGAUGCUAGCCUCAGGAUACUGUGUGGAAAGCUGAACUGAUACCUGUAAUAACUAAGGCUCUCUGCAGUAUAUUGCCUACUUUUAUGACAUUGUCGUAGUCAUAGCAACAUGUUGACUCUGCUUACAGACCUCAAUAUAAACACAAAUCCAAAAAGCUAAGACUGACGUUAUUGGGUCUUCCCAAUGUGUGCGUCUUGGUUAUCUAACUAAGAUGCCUUUUAACCCAUUAAGUUUUUGCGAUUCGGAGCCUUAGUUAUCAUUACUCUGAAACCAUGUGACACAACAUGUGAGGAUCAGCCAUCUCAGAUUCACUUCUCUCAAACAGUUUCUCUUCCUUUUUGAUUCAUGUUUAACUCCAAGGAGAACAUUUUCCUGUGAUGUGCCACUGUCUCUCUUAGUGUGCACCCACCUAGCUGUGUUUGAUGACGUAGUGAGCGUUUCUAGCCCCCGUCGGUUCCACCGUGUGUGCUGUGUCUGUCGGCCUGCCUCGUGCCCUGUUGCCCUCGCCUCUCUGUGUGCCAUGCAAAUUGGCAUCUAUUAGGUCAUGUGACUGUGUUAGCUCCAGUGCCCUGACUACUUCCCUGACUGUUGACCCAGUGUAUCUGUAGCUGAGUGUAUCUGUAUCCUGAUGUCUCUCUUCCCUCCCUCUCCUCCAGUUCUCCACCCACCACGUAUUCCCAUUGGCCACACUGUGGGUCGAGCCCAUCCCGGAGGAGAACACUGGGCUGUGAGUCUGUCAAUCACCCUAUCUGCCCAAUCACAGUGUGUUUAUCUGGUGUGUUAUUGAGCCCUUAGCUCAGGGUUUCCCAAACUCGGUCCUGUGGACCCCAAGGGGUGUACGUUUUGGUUUUUGCCCUAGCACUACACAGCUGAUUCAGAUAAUCAACUAAUCAUCAAGCUUUGAUAAUUUGAAUCAGCUGUGUAGUGUUAGUGCAAAAACCAAAACGUGCACCCCUUGGGGUCCCCAGGACCGAGUUUGGGAAACGCUACCUCAGCUGAACUGUGCUAUGUUCCAUCCAGGUAUGGACUGAAGGUGAUCUCACCUGAGGAGACCUUCACCCUGCUGGCCUGUUCUUCCAUGGAGAAGGUAGGCCACUAGCCAAUAACAAGGCCUCACUACUCACCUGCUCAAGUUACAAGUAUGUAGUGGGUGUGUCUUUGUAGGUUCUUAGUUGGGUUCUGUUUGUGGAGCUUGUGGUGACAGAUAGUGUAACAACCCAUUCGGUUCAAUUCAAUAUGACUAUUAACCGAUGUGUGUUCUCCAGGCCAAGUGGCUUCGCUCCAUCAACCAGGCAGUGGACCAGGCCAUGAGUGGGGCGGGGCAGUCAGGCUCAGGGGCAGGGCAGAGGGCGGAGCCUCCCAUCUCCCGGACCGCCUCCUACACCUUCUACAAGGACAGCCGUCUGAAGGAGGCCACCUACGAGGGCCGCUGGCUGGCCGGCAAGCCCAAUGGGAGGUGGGUCUGGCUGGGGAAGGAGGGAGGGAUGAGGGGUUGUGGAAAGAGCUGACUUAUUGUGUGUGUCUCCUUGUUUCCAGGGGUAUUGUGAAGUGGCCUGAUGGGAGAAUUUACACGGGGACGUUCAAGAACGGACUGGAGGAUGGGUCAGUCAGUGUUAAUCAAUCAAUAAAUCAAUUUAUCAAUCAGCGUGGUCAGAAAUAAAGGCAUUUCACAUUGUUCUGCUAUUUGUUUCUGGGUCAUAGUUUUGGAGAUUACGUUAUUCCCAGCAAGACGUUGAACAAGAACGACCACUAUCAAGGCCACUGGAAAGAAGGAAAGAUGCACGGCAUCGGAACAUUCAAGUGAGUCUGUUUGGCUUUGUGAGGAGUUAAGAGACCCGUCAGGUUAAUAAUCACCAUUUUGUAAGCGUGCCCUGGAGUUUGCAGACAUGUCUGUGUGUACGUUAGCUGUAGGGUUUCUGCUGUGUCUCCUAACAAUGUGACUGUCGUCUGUGCAGGUAUGCUACAGGUGAGUUGUACGAGGGCUCGUUCCAGGACAACAUGCGUCACGGUCACGGCAUGCUGCGCAGCGGCACGCUAAACUCCUCCUCCCCCAGCGUCUUCAUCGGCCAAUGGGUGCACGACAAGAAGACGGGCUACGGCGUCUUUGAUGACAUCACCAGGUAGUGGACCGCUCCAGCCCACCCUUUUCAUACUACCGAGCUGAGCUGUACUGAGCUGGCCUGAUUACGCAUCCACCAUAGUUUACUGAGCUAGCUCAGUACGGUUGGGGUUGGAAUGAUAGUGUGAAAAGGGUAUUAGUGUAUCUGAAGUGCUGCUGAUGUUACGUGGUGACCUGACUGCCUGUGUUGUUCCUGUGUGUUCCGUCAGAGGAGAGAAGUACAUGGGCAUAUGGCAGGAUGACCAGCGGCAGGGCACGGGCGUCAUAGUAACCCAGUUUGGCCUGUACUACGAGGGAGCCUUCAACAACAACAAGAUGCAGGUGAGUCCUGGGCAGUGGGGGUCUUCCUCCUGAAGAUAUUAGAGGAAAUGAAGAUGAUCUUCUCUCCAUUUGCUCUUUCUCUCUCGCUCUCUCUCAGGGCACAGGGGUCCUGCUGUCUGAGGACGACACCACAUAUGAAGGAGAGUUCUCGGAGGACUGGACUCUCAACGGAAAGGUCAGUGAAAGAAGAGACAAGCCUGAACACUCUCUCUCUCUCUCUCUCUCUCUCUCUCUGUGUGUCUGUCUGUAUCUAUCUCUGUCACACACACACACAGCUUGCACUCACACACAUUUUUGCUUAGCCACAUACAUUUUACAGACAUUAGUCCAGACAUGUAUAAUACAGCACAUUGCUCUCCCUCCCUCUCCUAUCCCUCAGGGUGUGCUGACCAUGGCUAAUGGGGACUACUUUGAGGGCUCCUUCACCGGGGAGUGGGGUUCCGGCCUGAAGGUCACCGGAUCCUACUUCAAACCCAACCUCUACCACUCAGACGGGGACAAGGGCCGCGCUGUGUAAGUCUCUGUAUCAUUCAAUGCCAUUGGUUUUAGUAUGGUGGAGGAUUAGCAUAUUCAAAGAUUUUGGUCUUGAUUUAGGUUUUGAUCUUGAGUGUUUUUUUUUGUUUUUAAAUCAUAUAUAAUGUUAGCAAGGCAAUCUGUCUACAGGAGAUGUUUUUUGCAUCUAUGCCUUGUUAAAGUGUUGAAAGUUUUGAAAUGAACCCAGUCAAGUGAAUGUGUGUGUAUGUGACCAUAGAAAUAGUCUAUUCAUUCCUUUUACGUGUGUCUCCAGUAAGUUGGGGCGCCUGGCGGUGCGUCCGGAGGAGAAGUGGAGGGCAGUGUUUGAGGAGUGUUGGAGGAGGCUGGGCUGUGAGGCCCCUGGCCAGGGAGAGAACCAGAGAGCCUGGGAGAACAUCGCUGUAGCCCUGACCACCAGCAGGAGACAGCACAGAGACAGGUAGAGAGAACAGAGACACACACAGUACACACAGUACUCACAAUCCACCUCACACACUCUCUCUCUCUCUCUUCUCCUCUCUCUCUCUCUCUCUCUCUCUCUCUCUCUUCUCUCUCGUCCUGUCUCGCUCGGUCUCCGUCUCUGGUCCUCUCACACGUCUCUGGCGUCUCUACACGAAUCCUCUCUUUUUCCAUCCUUCUUACUAACUUUCUCUCCCAUCACGAGUUCUCUCUCACACUCUCUCUCUCACACUCUCUCACACUCUCUCUCACACACUCUCACACUCUCACACACUCUCACACUCUCACACUCUCACACUCACACACACACACACACACACACACACACAGAGAGUACAGUAGUCUGUGAUAUUGAUGUUUGUGUUCCAGCCCGGAGUUGAACCUGAGUCGGACUCAUAAUAGAACUCUGGAGAGUCUGGAGUUCAUCCCCCGCAGCAUGUUGGCCCUUUUACCAUGGAGAAGUAUGACAGUAUCCGCCGUUACCUCAUCAAGGUGAGCCAACGACCCCAGGUGACUUACUAACCCCAACCCUCCUGAUCCCCCCUCAGCAGAUGGACCCACGCACCAACGUGUGUCUGACGAACAAACAUACCAGCACAUCACCGUUUGCUUCAGUAUGGUUCAAGAAUAAUAAUAAGGAAGAAAUGUCUGAACCUCGUCCUGAGGUGCCCCUCUUCAUACUGAUUUACUCUCUUUAGUUCUAACAUCUGAUUUAUUCUCGUAGAGAAAACAUCACAAAAUAUUAAUAUCCUGAAACUCACACAUUAACCGUAACUGUCCUCCAUUUUGUGCCCCCCCCCAGGCAUGUGACACACCCCUGCACCCCCUGGGCAGGCUGAUGGAGACCCUGGUGGCUGUCUACAGGAUGACCUAUGUGGGGGUGGGGGCCAACCGCCGCCUUCUACUGCAGGCUGUCAACGAGAUCAUGUCCUACCUGGCCCGCAUCUUCCAGCUCGUCAGGUGCGUGUGUGUGAGAAUUGCCUAAAACAGUUAGAUACUAUUUUUCCAUUCAGUUUGACCCUAGGCUAGCCUGUGUAAGCUUAUAUCUGUGUGGAAUCUUAUCCAUGUAUGCCUAAUGUUUGUGUCUCUCAGGUUCCUGUUCCCAGAUCUGCCUGAGGAGGGUGGCGCGAUCCCUGAACCAUCCUCUGACUCCCAGGACAAGAAGGACUCCAAUUGCACAGACAACCAGCUAGAAUCCCCCAAACCUGGGUACGACCAUAGCAUAUCCAUCCUGUGGAGAGGCUUCAGUGGUGUGGCUAUGUAGCAAUCAUAUACUGAAGCCAUUGUCGUCUUAGAGAUGACUUGUAGAUAAAUAUGUAGGCUAUGUAUUUAUGUUUUGAUUUGAUUGAGAACAUCUACAACAUGGAUCUGUUGCAGUGGAGGGUCCAAUGGGAGCUACCUAUGGGGGAUUAUGUACAAAACUAUAGAAGAUUACAUUACAGUAUGUCUUAUGUAAAAGAGCAUAUGUCACUGUUCUUUAAAUACAGUUUUCUUCCGGAAGAAAAAUAAGUAUUUAAGCCCCUGAAUGUGUGUGUUGAAUGAUGUCCUGUGUGUGUGGUUUCCCCAGGCGUGUGGUGAGUAGCUCAGCUCUGCUCCUGCCAGUGUUGCUGCCUCGUCUCUACCCCCCUCUCUUCACCCUGUACGCCCUGGAGAAGGAGAGAGAGGACGACGUGUACUGGGAGUGUGUCCUCCGCCUCAACAAACAGCCAGACAUGGCCCUGCUCGCCUUCCUCGGAGUGCAACAGUGAGUCUCUCUCGGACUGACCAUUGAGGUCAUGGAUGGGAAUGAUUAGUAGCCUUUUACGACCGUUCUGAUCUAGCAAUCUUACAUUCUGUUGAAUCCAUGUAGCGAAACAGAAUGUAAGCUCGCGAGGUCAGGAUAGUCGUACGAGGCUAAAUGAAAAGGGCCACAAGUUUUUUUCCGAUCAUGUAACCUGACCUGGAAAAACUGUAGUUAUAGCAUGUAAAAAUUAUUCUCUUUUUGCUUUUAGUAAGUUUUGGCCUGUUUCGGUUCCAGUACUGGGGGAGAAGACUGAGGUAUGCCCUCCUGUGGGUGAAAUAUGUUACACCAAGUACAUGUUAGACUGUCCUUACUGACCAUCUCUCUCCUCUUUCUAGGUUGUAUCCAGCACAAAAGACGCCUGUUUUGCCUCAGCAACGGAGACCUUACAGCAGAUCAGGUAGGCUUUAUCCAGAGCAGAUCUAUAUCGUCAUGAAUGAAUGAGUCUCAUGCACUCUUUAAGUUAUGAUAUUGUAGUUAUGUGGUUGAUGUGUAUUAAGGCCGUUUCUUUGUUUUCAGCACAACGUUCACCCCAUCCGACAAGCUGCAGGUGAUCCAGCUGACCUUCGAGGAGAUCACCAAGGAAGUGAUGUCAUCUCUGAAGGAUAACUUCCUGUGGUCCAUGGACGACCUGUUUCCUGUGUUCCUCUACGUGGUGCUGCGCGCCCGGUGAGUUGAUGAACCCACACGUCUCUAUGCUCCUCAGAGAUGCACGGACAUCCAUGAUUUUUCUCCAAUUAGAAUCAGAACUACAAAUCAAUUUAUAUGUGUGUGUGUGUCGUGUGUUAACCAAGGCUGUGUUUCUCUUCAGGAUCAGGAACCUGGGGUCAGAGGUGAGUCUGAUCGAGGACCUGAUGGACCCCUGUGUACAGCAUGGAGAACACGGCAUCAUGUUUACCACACUCAAGGUACACACACUCACUUAUAGCAUACAUUCUAUGGCAGAUACCAUCCAAAUGCGCACACACACAGACAAACACACGAGAAACUCAUAACUUAUUCAAAUACUUAUAACAUAUUCAUGUGAUCGAUGCAUGGUUACACGCACUGCUUCAUAGGGAAUAAAUGAAGCUGUAAUUACCUGUAUAAUAUAUUCAUCUUAUUUCCCUCUGUCUGUCAGGCGUGUUACUACCAGAUCCAGCAUGAGAAGACCACAUAAGAACCACAAAGAGUCUCUUACUGUAUACCUGCAGCAGCUCUCAGUGUAAAGUGGCAGUCAGACAGUCAGCCAAUUAGAGGGCAGGGAUCGGAGGUUUGGAGUGAUGCUGUGUCUGGGUCGUCACAGGAGGGUCACGAUGACUGACAGACAGGCUGCUGACUGUCCAUCUGCUCCCCCGUAGCAGGACCCCUUCCCCCUUACACACACACACACACACACACACACACAUACGUAAACACACACAC